UCACUGUUUCCCAACUCCGGUACGGAACCCUAAUCUCUCUCUGGCUCUCUGUUCCUGGCUGCUGAAUGCGUAUUAGCAUUUUACAUUGAGUUAAUGCGAUUCAACCCGUUUAUCUCUGUAUUAAAUUCGUAAUUGCUGAUUUUGGUUGGACUAGAGAAGGAAGAAAAUUGAAUGCGUAUUUGGCGAGGAACUCGUUUUUCUUGGUUUGCUUUGUCUGCAAAGGCAAUAUGUGCGAGUAAUUUCGAUUUCCUUCGUGGGAAUGAAUGCUCUUUGGACAUGGAUAACAGCUCUUUACGAACUCAGCAUCUUGAACGGUGGCAGACGCAUAACCAUGUUGUCUCACCCUUCUUAAGGCAUUAAAUUUUGUCUCAUGAUCUUGAAGAAAAACCUCUUCUUUUGUUAGUUUGAGUCUUCAAAUUCAAACACCUUGGCUAGGGUUUCCAGUCCUGAUUAUUGUAUUCCUUCCCAGUUUGACAUCUCAUCUGGCAAUUUGAAUCAGAAGUUCGUCAACUCUUGAGUAGAUUAUCAGAUUCUUUGCGGAAGGUAGUGACAGCAGGACUAAUAUCUUGUCUAAACUUUUAGAGAGGAGCUUUUUUCCCCAUUUCCCCUUGUAGAUGAGGUUGGGAUAACCUCUGUCCCAUUAUAUUUCUCUGCAUAAAGUAAUGUCUAAAGUUUCUUGGAGCAGGAAUGGGCUGCCAAAGCCCAACAACCUGUGAGCAGGCUUGGACACCAACAAUGGAGAGCUACUUUAUUGAUCUUAUGUUAGAUCAUAUGCAUAGGGGCAACAGAGUUGGUCAUACUUUCAACAAACAAGCAUGGGAAGAUAUGCUUACCAUGUUUGUAGCUAAGUUUGGACCUCAACAUGACAAAGAUAUUUUGAAGAAUCAUUAUGCUACUUUGUGGAAACAAUCUAAUGAUAUAAAAGUUCUUCUUAACCAAGGUGGAUUUUUCUGGGAUGAUAAAAAACACAUGGUAGUAGCUGACAAUAAUGUUUGGAAUCGAUAUAUCAAGGCUCAUCCAGGUGCACGAUAUUACAGGAAUAAGCCUUUUAUGAAAUUCAGUGAUUUGUGCUUCAUAUAUGCGCAUACAAUGGCAGAUGGAAGAUACAGUCGCUCAAGUCAUGAUACAGAUGUUGAUGAUGAAAUGCGGGGACACACCAUUGGUGAAGGAAAGGAACCCCACACCUCUACUUUUAGCAACUGUACAAGGACAUAUUGGACACUGGCAAUGGACCAUUAUCUUAUUGAUUUGUUACUGGACCAGGUGAUUACAGGGAAUAAAAUUGGUCAUGCUUUCAUGACUCAGGCUUGGAACAAAAUAGUGAAAUCAUUCAAUUCAAAAUUUGGAUCUCACCAUGACAAAGAGGAUUUAAAGAGUCGUUAUAAACAUUUGAGACAUCAAUACAAUGAUGUAAAGAUUCUCCUUGAGCACAGUGGGUUUUACUGGGAUGAAACCCGAGAAAUGGUUAUUGCUGAAGAAUAUAUUUGGGAUUCUUAUACAAAGGCAUGUCCUGAUGCUCUGUUGUACAAAUUCAAAACUGUUCCAAGCUACCGAAAGUUGUGUGUUAUAUUUGAUGAGGAAGGCUCUAAUGGAAGAUCCACCCCCAUGGAUCCGGUUUGGACGAUAGAUAGUGAUUAUUCAAAUACUGAUUGGACUCCUUCAAUGGAUCGCCAUCUCAUUGACCUUCUGCUAAAACAAGUGAACAAGGGGCAUAAAAUUAAUCACACAGUCAACAGACGAGUAUGGAUAGAUAUCAUGGCAUCAUUUAAUGAAAGGUUUAAGUCGCGACAUGACAAAUAUGCUUUGAAGGAUAGGUAUAAAACUUUGAAGAAGUUGUACAUUCAUAUGAAGAAUCUGCUAGAAAUGCCUGAAUUUUCUUGGGAUGAAUCAAGGCAAAUGGUCAGGAGGCCUGAUGUUUGGGACAACUAUGCGGAGGAUCACCCUGAUCAAACAUCAUUCAGAACAAGAGCAAUGCCUAAUUAUAAUGAUUUGUGCAUUGUUUAUGGAAAUUUGAGUUCUGAGGAUUGGUUGAACCCCUCAAAUCCGUAUGUGGGUUCCAAUGGUGAUAGAAGGGAUUUUCUGGCAUCACCUAAUGGUUGCUGUCCGAGGUCUGGUUGGACACCACAAAUGGACCGGUUAUUAAUUGAUUUAAUGCUUGAGCAGAUUCGUAAUGGGAAUAUAGUUGAUCCGAAUUUCAACAGAAAAGCUUUGAGUGACAUGAAAGUGAAAUUUAUUAAAAGAUUUGGGUCUCAGCUAUGCGAAGAUGAUGUAGCAAGUCGUUUUGAGGAUUUGAGGAAUCUAUUUCAUGAUAUGAGAACUCUUAUUGAUCACAGUGGGUUUGUAUGGGAUGAAAUGCAACAGAUGAUAACUGCUAGUGAUGAUAUAUGGGAUGCUUAUAUCGAGGAGCAUCCCCGUGCACAAUCUUACCGAGGUAGAACCCUCCCAAACUAUAAUGAUUUGUUUUUGAUAUAUGGAAAUGUGAGCACUGAUCGAAGGGGUGACCAUCCAAGUUAUUAUACCAAUCUUGAUGAUGAUGCCCUAAGACUAAACAUUGGUCAGGAGAAUGACCAGUCCUCAUCUGGCAGUGAAACUAUGAGCAUUGCCUGGACGAAACCAAUGGACAGAUAUUUCAUUCACCUUAUGCUAAGGCAGGCACUUCAAGGAAAUAAAGCUGAGAAUACCUUCAGUAAGCAAGCUUGGGACUUCAUGGUUACAUCAUUCACUGAAAAAUUUGGACUCCAGUUCAACACUUGUAUACUAAAAGAUCGCUAUCUAAGCUUGAUGAAACAGUUUGAUUACAUUAGUGGUUUUGCCAACCAGAAUGGCUUUGCAUGGGAUGAUAUACAGCAAGAAUUAAGAGCUGACGAUGAUGUUUGGCAAGCUAACACUGAGGAGCAUCCAGAUGUACACAAAGAUGUAUUGUUGGAGCGAUACAAUGAUUUGAGCCUUAUUUUUGACGAAGCAACGUGGGUUGGAAGAUCAAGGUAUUCCUGCCCAGAAAUGGAUGUCAACGGUGCUGCCCUAGAAACGGGGAUGGAUGGCAUCAAUGGAGCUCUGUGCUCUGGUGCUAGGGAUACUGAAGCGUCUAGUAGGAGAAAAAGAUGCCAACGCGCAACACCAUCAUUAACUUCAAUGCGCAGGAGAAAAGCAAAGAAAACCGGAAAGGAAGAGUUGCGAGAAGAAGCAAGUCAAAGUGACAGGGUGAGCAAGAGCUAUAAUAAUAGUUCAAUAGAAAGCAUUGUGGAUGCGCUUAGAGCUAUACCUGGAAUGCAGGAUGAGCUGUUCCUAGAUGCCUGUGAUCUUCUGCAAGAUGAGAGGAAAGCCAAGGCUUUUGUGAAGAUGGACAUUCCACUUCGGAAGAAGUGGUUGUUAAGAAAUCUCCAUGGUUGAACACUUUCACUCACUCAACCUUGUCUUGUGUUGUGGUUUUGGCUUUGGCUUUGGCUUUGGCUUGGCUGACUUUUGAUAUAUAUAUAUAUAUAUGAAUCAUGUUAUAUGUACAACCUUUUUGUACAUCUUAACCAAAAUACCCCGUGCCUCGUAUGCGUCUCUAUGCGCAUCAU